UCGAGCGCGAGAAUCGCGUGCGAUUUGUGUGGAGCGAUUCGAGUUCGUUUCACAGGUUUUUGUUGGUUUUUCGGGAAUACAAUGCAAAAAGUGGGUAAAUUAAAUUCAUCGAUCGAUAUCAUUCCAAUACAAGGAUCAAGCAGCGAUUACAGAUCGAGAUACAUAAAUAAGCUCAGAAUGGAUCAAAGAUUGUUUCGAGAUCAAUCACUAAUUGCACGCGUACAAACGUAUAUGCACGAAAACGAAAACAAAGUAUAUAUUGAUGUCAAUGAAAUGGCAGAUGCAUUGCAAAAACGAUACAGAGAUUAUCGUGGUAAGAAGCGUGGUACGUUUCGUGCAAUGGUACGUAAAGCUUAUGACGAACUCACAGAGAUAUUCUCAAGGAAACCUACGACACGUGAAUGUGCUGCAUACGACGAUGAUGAUUUUGAGGAUGUUGAUGUCGAAUUAGAUUCACAACGUACUUCAAUAGGUGAUAUGUUAUUACAUAUGUAUAAUAAGUCGUCAUACACACAGAAUGGAAAUUCGAGCGAUAAGGAAUUGAUAGAUAUCAGUAGCGACGAUGAUGUGUCAAAGAUGGAAUCUAAAAUUGAAAAGAAUGUAAAAGCAUCUGAGCCUGUGUGUAAUGUUAAUGAAGAUUCUUUGCACACAUCUGCAACAGUUAUUUCAAAAGCAGAAAUAGCUAUCUCACAAUCAGCAAUAUCUAUUCCAAAGCCAGAAACAUCCGUUACAAAGCCAGAAACAUCGAUUACAAAGCCAGAAACACUUGCGAUAAAGUCAGAAUUACCUGUAAAAUCCAAAAACCUUGUGAACGAGGUCAUAAAACAACCAUUAAUAGAAUCUGCAAGAAAACGACAAAGGGACAAAGAAAAUGACAGUGGACAGUUUUCAAUUGCGAAAAAAGCAAAAUCUAUACCUGUCACAGAACCGAAAGUUACAUUUUCCGAUGUAGGUGGUAGUGACAAAAUCUUGAGAACUGUCUGCAAGUUACUAGCCCAUAUAAAACAUCCUGAAAUUUUUAAACAGCUUGGUAUAUCUCCGCCAAGAGGAUUUUUACUUCAUGGGCCUCCCGGAUGUGGAAAGACAUUACUAGCACAUGCAGUUGCAGGAGAAUUAAACAUACCUCUACUAAAAGUAGCAGGGCCUGAGCUUGUGGCAGGAGUAUCUGGUGAAAGUGAAGCUCGUAUUAGAGAAUUGGUUGAGCAAGCUUUAAGUCUUGCACCAUGCAUCAUUUUCAUAGAUGAAAUAGAUGCUGUUGCACCACAUAGAGCUACAGCUCAAAGAGAGAUGGAAAGAAGAAUUGUUGCACAAUUAUUGUCAAGCUUAGAUGAAUUAAAUUUCAAAGAAAAUGGAGACAGAGUACUGGUGAUUGGUGCGACAAAUCGACCUGAUUCAUUAGAUCCUGCUUUAAGAAGAGCGGGACGUUUUGAUCGUGAAGUAUGCCUUGGCAUACCAGACAGAGAGGCGAGGGCUAGAAUCUUAGCAGUGCAUACUGAAAAAGUUGUAUUAGCUCCUAAUGUUAGUUUGUCGACAAUAGCUUCCCUCACUCCAGGUUUUGUAGGUGCAGAUUUGGUUGCCUUAAUUAGAGAAGCUGCCAUGGCUGCUGUAGAUAGAAUAUUUGAGGAUUUAAAUAGAUCAAGGCAGGAACAAAAAUUACCCGAAAUAUCAUCCGAAAUCGAUAAGAAAUCUAACAAGGAAACUCAUACUUCCAAAGAUUCGGGAAAUUUAAUUAAUCAAAAUACCAGUGUUCCUACGACAGAAGUUCCUACUACUACGGUACAAAAUGAUACCGCGUUCCUAAGAGAUGUAUCCAAAACUCCUGUAACUUUGGAUAAUACUGAAAUGGACAUAAUACAGGAACACUCAUCGGAUUUGUCAAGCUUAUUGGGUUGGUUACACAGCGAGCUUUCCCUUUCCGCAAAACAUCUAUCAACCUUGUGUAUUGAGCAUAGUGAUUUUGAGAUUGCUUUACGCGUUGUUCAACCUUCAGCGAAAAGAGAAGGAUUUGCAACAGUUCCUGAUGUAACCUGGGACGAUGUUGGCUCAUUGCAAGAUGUACGACAGGAACUGCAAAUGGCGAUUCUCGCUCCCAUUAAGCACUCUGAACAAUUUAAUGCAUUAGGUUUAACUGCUGCUAGUGGAGUAUUGUUAUGUGGUCCACCCGGAUGUGGAAAAACUUUGCUUGCCAAAGCUAUUGCUAAUGAAGCUGGGAUUAAUUUUAUUUCCGUUAAAGGACCUGAACUUUUAAAUAUGUAUGUUGGCGAAAGUGAGAAAGCAGUUCGUCAAUGUUUCUUAAGAGCAAGAAAUUCGGCACCGUGCGUCAUAUUCUUUGAUGAAUUAGAUGCAUUAUGUCCUAAAAGAACAGAAGGUGAUCAUUCUGCAACAUCACGUGUCGUUAAUCAAAUGCUUACAGAAAUGGAUGGUGUCGAGGAUCGACAAGGUGUAUUUCUUAUGGCCGCUAGUAAUCGCCCUGACAUAAUAGAUCCAGCUGUUUUGAGACCAGGAAGACUCGACAAAAUUUUAUACGUUGGUUUCCCAACAGCUUCAGAUAGAGUCGAUAUUUUACGUGCAUUAACAAAAAAUGCAACAAAACCAAAACUUGCAUCAGACGUUAAUUUGGAGCAAGUGGGAUAUCACGACAAGUGUCAAGGUUAUACUGGAGCAGAUUUAGCAGCUUUGAUAAGAGAAGCUGGUAUGGAAGCGUUGAAGGAGAUAAUAGCCGGUUAUGGACACUCAGAAAUUUCUAUGCGGCACAUCUUUCGAGCAUUCGAUAAAAUACAACCGUCUGUUCGCGAGAAGGAUAUUAAGCAUUAUGAAAAGUUGAGUAAGCUGUAUUCAGUUAAGAAGAGUUCUGAGAUUACACCAAUGGAAACACCAAUAGAAACACCAAUAGAUGCACCAAUUGUUGAUGUAAUUAUGGAAUCAAUGGAAACUUGAAGUGCAAUUAAAAAGUCUAUGGAAAUUGCUAAAAAAUUCUUCCAUUAACAAACUUCAUAUUAAACUUUACACAGAAAUGAAAGGUACUCUUUUAACAGUUCAAUCAAAACUUUUAGUUGCAUUGAUAUUUUAUAAGUGAACAUAUAGAUUUAGUAUUUGCUAAAUAAUUAAUAACUGACAAUUUAUCAUGACAGUUGAAAUUUUUCAUUAUUUUUUAAUUACAUAAGCAUAGAAAAUAUACACACGUUUAUAAUUGUGACUUUGAUUGUGACGAAAGAAUUUUUGAUUAAAGUUUUUGUCAAUAAAAGUUUAUGUUCAAUAA